AUGGGUUGUUGCUGUGAUACCAUCCUUCGUCGAGAUCUCGGUCGUCAAUCGCUGGUUAAGUUAUUGAAGCUAACGUUUACCAUCGCUAACGGUGUCGUGUUGGGAGCUCGGGAAGCAUUUGCUUUCGGGCAGAGGUACUUCAUGAUCGUCCCGUCAAGACUGUUAGCCUCGGAAGCUAGUACGCUGAGGGCGAGUGAUGUUAGAAGAGUGCUGACAACUCUGGCGAAGAAGAGAAGGAGUGGUAUGGACAUGUGGAGGGCCGCUUUAGCACAGGCAGUAGACGUAAUGGAGCCCAGGAUGAACCCAUCACACUUGGAUACGUCUUAUAUUCUGCACGCAUGCACAAGGGCUCCUAGGAGCCUCGAUGAAGAAUCGACAGCAGUUGUAAAAGCGUGUCUACGUCGUGCCAUUGCCCGAGUGGAUACUUUCUCUUGCCGAAGCCUGGCCGCUAUCGCGACCUCAUGUGUCCGCCUGGCAGCUGAAGAUGGGUGCAUAAAGUUGAUAGGAGGAGAGGAGGGCAUGCCGAGUAUUGCAGAAGUUUUCGAUUGCUUCGCCGGAGCCUUGGGGAAGAGGCAUAAACCUACGCAAUCGAAAUAUCGCGUGAAAGAUGUCGCCCUCCUCUGCCAUGCCUUCUCCAAAUUUCCAACAGCCCUCACGAUACACGUUAUGUUCCAGCAGAUCCUACGUGAAGGCAUCUUAGUCACCACUGAGGUGGAUGGCGAUGACGAGAGUACCAUCCAUGUGAAAGAUUUGGCUCAGAUCCUCUCGGCUUGCGCUCGAGUCUCAGUGAGAGAUGCGGAGGUUGUAGCGGCUUGUGCGCGGUUCAUACCAUCCCAAUGCAAAUUCAUGGACGCUCAGGGCUUGGCCAUAAUCUGGCAGGCUCUAGCGAAGUUGAUGUACUCUGAAACAGUGACUAGAGUUGAUGACGAGGGGAAGCCGAUCGACUGGGAGGAGGGAAGGGAGAGGUCUGUUUAUGCGGCAUUACAGAGUCGGCUCGGCAUGGUGGUGCAUCAGAUGAGCUGGCAGGAGCUGGCCCUGGUUGCUGGGGCGGCCUCGAGGACGAGAGCACACAGCUUGUGUGAAGACAACAACAGGGCAUGGAUGGAAGUCUGUAAGGUUCUAUUACACCAUGCUUCCAUCCGACUCGCUCCUCUGUCCGAACCUGACGUCCGCAGCCUGUCGGAGCUGGUUCACGGCUUAGGGCUGCUCAUGAGCGUCUCGGCAACAGGGAUGGGCACCACCCUUCGACCAGCCCAGACCGCCACCCCUGAGAUCUCAUGUGAAGUUGCCGACUGUCGUUAA